UUUGAAUAUAUGUCGUAUUUUAUACCUUCAGUAUAUAAAUUCAAUAUGACGGUGAUAAUAGGUAUUAAUUAUAUUUGGUUGGUUUUCUUAAGCAUUAAUUUGUAUUUUAGUGUCAGUUCAUCAGUGGUCGCACAGGAGAGCAGUGAGUCUUCAGAGACAAAAUGGAGUGAGGAUGCCCUCUCCGACCUGGAGAACAGCCCUAAAUUCGUUGAGACGGACAACUUUGAGUCUCACCCGAAACGGCAGUUCAAAACUGCUGAAAUUGCAGAUGCCCUUAUGGGGACUGAAACCCCCAUCGAUCCAUCGGACAUAGAGUCCCUGUAUCCCAAAAAUGUGAAAGACUUCCAGAGUGGCUUCUUGCCACCUUGUGCUGAGGAUGAUGCAGAGUGUGCUGCACCCUCUCAGGCUCCUGAUGGAGUACUUUUGAAGAACAGCCCGGAAACAGAGCAGGUGACUGUUACUCUGGAUAUGGUGCACGUGGACGCCAUGGUGACGGAGGAGCAGAACACAACGGAGACCACGAAGACGCACAAGGUCAACUGUGAUAGGAGGAAUAUCACCGGGAUGGAGGACUUUACUGUGCAGGUCCUGAAUGCCUCACAGGACCUGAUGGAGUUCCUGAACGCCAACGGGACCGAGUGCUCCGUGGUGCUCUUCUUCACCACCUGGUGCCAGUUCUCCGCCAGCCUUGCCCCUCACUUCAACGCCCUGCCAAGGGUUUUUCCCAGCAUGCAUUUCCUAGCACUGGAUGCCUCUCAGCAUAGCAGUCUGUCCACCCGGUUUGGGACGGUGGCAGUGCCCAACAUACUGCUCUUCCAGGGGGUGAAACCCAUGGCCCGCUUCAACCACACCGACCGCACCCUGGAGGCACUCACCUUCUUCAUAGCAAACCAGACAGGAUUCGAGGCGGGCCCUGACAGAGAAGUGACGGACUCCGACCAAUUGGGGCCCCUGCCCGGGGUGCCGGUGAAGAGCAUCGAUUGGCUGCUUGUGUUUUCAGUCCUGUUCAUCACAGGUUUUACGUUCUAUGCCAUCCUGCGGACAGACAGCAUCCGGUGGCUCAUACCAGGACAGGAGCACGAGCACCAGGACUGAUUUAGAUCAAUUAGAUCUGUAGUAAAAAAUAUAAUGAUGCUAAGUUAUUUUACAGUUAAAGAUGGCUGGGUUGCAUUUAAGGGGGGGGGGGGUGAUGGCGACACUAAAUUACAAAUUGUGUGAAGAGAUGACGUGCCAUCUAUGAAAUUUUAUAAAAACUGUUUUGCUGUGAUUGUAAAUGAAUGUACAUUUGUUGAAAUAAAGAUGUGUCCUCCUGAA